CUAGCGGUGUCAGACGGUGCCGGGCACUCACUGCUCGUCGAUUCGCCGAGCGAUCGACAUCAAGUGUACCCGUCGAUCGAGAGAAACAGGAUUUUUUCGUCAUCAAACAGUCGGUUGUAGUCAGUCAGUGCUCGAAACAGGUAUCAGAGAAGAUGGAAAAGGAUCAACCGGAUUCUUUGGCUACCGUGGCCGUUGUCUCGGAGAAGAUGCCUCAUCCGCCUCAUAGCAAUUACGCACCCAGCGAGGUCUACUCCUCCGCCGAACCACCGCCGGCAUACAUGAGGCCAAAAAGCACGGCAGUUCAAAUUACAAGGAUCGCGGCCGUCACCUUGGUGACCAUGUCCGUAAUCCUUGGAAGCUUCAUCCUCGCAGCGUCCUGGGUUCAGGCUCGAGCAUCCUGCACUCCUGAAUCAAUUGCUGCUAUGCAAGCAGAAUUAAGGCUCCAACAACAACAGCAACAGCAAGCUUCAGCCUCCUAUCAACAAGGUGAAUUCUUGAAGCAUCUGCAACCGGAAGCUCUCAUCCAGGAUACCACUGAACUGAAAGAGGCACAGCAGAAUUUGGCUGCGCAAACACCAGUUAAAAAGGAGGUAAUGCCAGAUACCAAGGACAUCAAACUUCAAAAGGAAGACGAAAAUAAUUCAAAGUCAGAUAGUGAAAGCAGUGAUCACGACGACGACGAUGAUGACUACGAUGACGACGAGUUUCCUCCUGUUCACAUUAAGCUACCCCUUCAAUUCGAUUUUGACGAAAUUGCGGGCACUCUGAUUCAAGAGGCACGAAGCAGAGUUUCUUGUGUAGUUGAAAGACGAAGGGCCGAUCAAGUGAUGGAUGGUGCUAACAACAACGUGGAAAACAACACAGACUCUCGUUACCAGAGACUGAGCGGAGAACGCGUUGCUAUUCUCUGCGAAUCUGGCAAUCCUCAUCAAGAGCAACAGGAGCAAGAAAUGCUUACUCCGAUCAUCAUUCCUCUGGGAACAGUCCAAGUACCUCUUCAAUCUCAGGAACCAAACCCAGGCUACCAUCAAUAUCAAAUCCACACUCAAUAUCAAGUUCCUGAUAUGCAACAGUUGCCUCUUAGUGACCCACGUGGACUGAAUCACAUUCCACCCGGUGUUCUUCCACCUGAAUUACGAAACCUUCCUCAAGUUACCAUGGAAAUGAGACCACCGCGUGUAGGACCACAGGCUCCCAUGAUGGGACCACAGAAUCCUAUGAUGGGACCACAGAAUCCUAUGAUGGGACCACAGAACCCUGCUAUGGGGCCACAGAACUCUGCACCUGGACCACAAGUUGAGAUACGUCGAAUUCCCAUCGAGUUGCAUCACUACCCAGUGAAUCCAAUCAGAGGAAUGCGACCCCCAAUGCCCCAGGAGCCGCAACAAGUACCAAUGAUGUACCAUCAAGUCGAGCAAGCACCUGGAGCAUUCAAUCAAGAACAAGGACCAGCUAUGAUGCCUCCACCAGCACCGCAGGCGGAAGCUCAAAUUCACGAACAAAGAGUGAUUCCUCACAUGCUGAUUCCUCAAACCGAACAACGACCACCUCAAGUUCCACCUCAAGUACAACCUCAAAUGCAACCUCAACCUCAAGUUCAGCCUCAGCCUGAACCACAACCGGCUCAGGUUACCGAGAGACAACGUUCUCCCUUCCAAGGAAUCCCGUUCGAAAUUCGAAGAAUCAUCCAACAAGUGCCUGUGGAGAUCAAGAAUAUCAUUCAACAUAUCACUGGCGAAGGGAGACCCGUCCCUGUACAAGUACCUGAAGGUGCUCGCCGCGAGAACGUUCAAGAAUUCAAACCGUUCCCGGAAGGAGCACAACCCAUCCCUCUUGGACUUCCACUUCCCAUAGAAGUCCGAAACUUGUUGGAACAUGGAAGCAUAGAGAGUCAUCAGCGAUCGGAUGCUUCUAGUGAACAACAGGAAGCUAAAUCUUACUCUGGACAAGAAGAAGAUAGCGAGGAGGAAAGAAACUUCCCAGUACCAGCUGAAAUUCGUAACAUAAUUCAUCAGGUUGUAGAAGGCAAUGCUUUCCCGGUACCAAGAUUUUCUCUGUCACUGAAACCUGUAGAAUCCUUAGAAAUACCAGUUGAAGCUCGUGCCGAAGUUUCCGACAGUCAAAUGGCUGAACAAGAUCAAGAACGACAACCGGAGCAACAACACGUAACCCACAUGAUGAUACAGCAACAGCACCAACCACAACAAACGCAACAGCAACCGCAACAGGAACAAGAAGAAGAAAGUCGUCCGCAUUAUGUACAACCACGCUCAGUGCGCUCCAUCCCAGAAGCGUUCACCCAUCGCCGCGAGAAGCGCGUCCGUCGUUGCGCCUGUGAUUGUGCUUGUUAAUUUUCCAUCCGACGCAUGAAUGUCCCAUAGUACCCACUUAAAGAGAAUGCCCUCCACCCCCACCAAAAAUUUCGAAACACAUUCGAUAGGUUUCCUUAAUCUAAAAGAAACCUAACCCAAACGUUUCCCUUCAAGUUUUACAUUUUUUUUUUUUUUUUUUAUAAACCUUGAUACUAUAC